GAAGGUGUGUAAUCGGGAGGAGAGAAAGUGCCACAUCCAUAAACAGAGAGACAAAAAAACAGGAUGGGAGCAAAGGGUGGAGAAGAAUCAUAAAACACUAAACAAAUAUAUCUGUAUAUAGAGAGAGGAACUUGCAGUACAUAGCAAUCAGAACUCCAUGUUGCUGACAGAGACAUCCUUCUUGUGCAGACUGAAGUUCAAUCGCCAUGGCCAAGGUGUUUAAUGAUCCCAUCCAUGGCCACAUCGAGUUACCUCCACUUCUUGUCAAGAUCAUAGACACACCCCAGUUUCAGAGACUACGAAAAAUCAAGCAACUUGGGGGCGGUUAUUAUGUUUUUCCAGGAGCGUCACACAACCGCUUUGAGCACUCAGUUGGAGUGGGGCAUUUGGCAGGAGAGCUUGUAAAAGCUUUGAGGGCAAAACAGUUAGAGGAGCCGUCACUGAACUCAGAAUCCCUCAUCAAUGACCGAGAUGUCCUUUGUGUGCAGAUUGCAGGCCUUUGCCAUGACCUGGGUCACGGGCCCUUUUCUCAUGUCUUUGAUGGAAUGUUCAACCCUCAAGCAGACCCAAAUGGUGAAAAAUGGGAGCAUGAGGAUGCCUCUAUAUUAAUGUUUGAUCACCUAGUGGAUGACAAUAAACUGACGCCAGUGAUGAAUGAGUACGGACUGAUAACAGAAGGUGACAAUGAGAAUGACCUGGUGUUUAUCAAGGAGAUGAUUAAAGGAUCUGUGAAGAACAAUUCACCUCUGAAUGAGUUGUAUAAAGGUCGAAACAAUGAAAAAUCCUUUCUCUAUGAAAUUGUGGCAAACAAACAAAAUGGAAUAGAUGUGGACAAGUUUGACUACUUCGCAAGGGAUUGCCACCACCUGGGCAUCCAGAACAACUUUGACCAUCGACGCUUUAUCGUAUUUGCCAGAGUGUGUAAUGUGGACGGGCAGUUACACAUUUGUUCAAGAGACAAGGAAAUGGCAAAUCUGUAUGACAUGUUCCACACAAGAAACUCUCUCCACAGAAGAGCCUACCAGCACAGAGUAAAAAUGGCAGUAGAGAUUAUGAUUAAAGACGCUCUCUUAAAAGCAGAUCAGGAUAAACACUUUAUUAAAUGGGCAGAAGGGAAGGCAUGCUGUCUCUCCAAAGCUAAAAAGCACAAGGAGGCAUACACCAAGCUGACAGAUGAAGUGAUUGAACAAAUACUCCACUAUGGUGCUUGUUCUUCCACCCCUUCCUCUCUGGAGGAGGCAGCACAGAUUAUACAGAGGAUAAUGCGUCGAGAUUUGUACCAGCUUGUGGGUGAAAUAAAGCUCAAGAAAAAAGACCAAGAGAAAGCAGAGGACGUGACUAAACGUUUAAAAGCAGAACUGGCUAAAGUCAUUCCUAAGGAUGGAAAACAGGAUGAAAACGACAACUUUGAAGUUAAAGUUGCCAAAUUUGACUAUGGAAAGAACAAUGAAGACCCGAUCAGUAACUAUACAUAUUUCUACAGCAAGUUUAACCCUACCAUUGGAUUCAAGAUCAAGCCAGAAGAGGUAUCCAAUCUUCGCCCAGAAUGCUUUUCUGAGAAGCAUAUUAGGGUUUACUGGAAGAGACGUAAUGAUAAGCGUCUGGAAGAUGCAAAGAAGUGCUUCGAGGCUGUGAAAAAGGAGGUGGAGGAGAAUUAGAGUGAUGUCAAAAAAGCAACACCAGAAGACGCCCAGUGAAUCUGAAGAUGUUAAACAUUCAGACACUAAGUUUUAGCGAUACUGCAGAGAUUCUGAAACAGGAAUUUAAAUCAUAAAAGUCAGAUUGUCUAUUUUACAAUAUCUUCUUUUUGUUUUUUAUCUUUUAUUUUAACUAAGUGGUUUAGUUUGGAAAUUAAAUAUAACCAAUAUAUUUACAUACUGAAUGAUUUGUAAAUCUUCCACAUCUCCGGUUGAUAUGGUUUUGUGGUUAGCAAGGCUUUUUUACUUUCUGCAAUAUGUAUCAAUGUGAAGUAAGAACCUAAAAUCUAAAACAAGUCAUGUAUUGAAUAAACUAUAUAUCACACAAUUUUCACUAUUAUAUUAUAUCUUAAAGCUCAGCUCUGAUCAAUAUAUGGUUAAGACAAGCAUUGGGUACUCUUGUGAGUUUUGACUGUGUGAAAAUUUAUUCUUUAUUAUGUAAUGGGUCUCUAAAUGAAAACCUACCAAAGGUUAAUUGAAACUUUUAGCUGUUUUACUGUUUAGAUGUGUUUGUUGAUUUCGGGUCUAUUCAAAAUAAAGCUCCUUUUCUCUUUCUGUUGUAUCAUUUUGAAGUUACACCAAAAGAAGAAAUUUUGAUAUAAUGCUAUAUUUAUAAAAGUAUAUAUUAACUUCCCAUACAUACAACGAUGGAAAAAAGGUAAACAUUUUAGUUUACCUUACUUUCCUAAUUUAAAGGUCAUUUAUUUCCCAUUUUAUGGGGCAUUUUCUCCUAUCAAUAACAGAUGAUAAACUGGUAUUAAAAAGAUCAUCCAAGGCUGAGCCAAAGGAAGGAGGUUGCAGGAAUUAGGCUGGGGAAGAAGCACUGAUGCUAUCAGGCUAGAAAUGCACCUAUUCUUAACAGCUACAUAUUCAGCUAAGUGUUUUAACAUCAGUCUACAAUGUGGCAGGGUGUUGGAGUGGGCAUCAGGUAUUUAUGACAACAGCUGAUUAACAACAGCUGGUGACUUGAAGGUCCACACCUUACUACUGCAAACAAGCAUCUACAGGCAGAACAUACAGGAAG